GGGAGGCGGCGAUGCGCACGGCCGGAGAGACGCGGAGGAGGAGACAUGAGCCGGCGGGCGCCCAGACGGAGCGGCCGUGACGCUCUCGCGCUGCAGCCGGGCGCCCCAGCCCCGGAGCGCUGAACCCCGGCCUCGCGCAGUGCCGCGCCCCGGCCAGAGAACGUGCCCCAGCUUUUCUCCCGGUCGCGCAUGCAGCCCCCGGAGUGAGCCGGGCUCCAGCAUUCCGCGGACGCCUGGACGGCUGCCGGCCGCCGGACAGCAGUGAGCAAGCUUCCCUGCACCGACCGGGCGCCCCCUGCACAGCGGCGGCCGCCCCGCAGCCCCCGCGCCAGCCCGGAGGGCGCAGCGCUCGGGAGGAGCCGCGCGGGGCGCUGAUGCCGCAGGGCGCGCCGCGGAGCGCCCCGGAGCAGCAGAGUCUGCAGCAGCAGCAGCCGGCGAGGAGGGAGCAGCAGCAGCGGCGGCGGCGGCGGCGGCGGCGGCGGAGGCGCCCGGUCCCGGCCGCGCGGAGCGGACAUGUGCAGGCUGGGCUAGGAGCCGCCGCCUCCCCCCCGCCCAGCGAUGUAUUCAGCGCCCUCCGCCUGCACUUGCCUGUGUUUACACUUCCUGCUGCUGUGCUUCCAGGUACAGGUGCUGGUGGCCGAGGAGAACGUGGACUUCCGCAUCCACGUGGAGAACCAGACACGGGCUCGGGACGAUGUGAGCCGUAAGCAGCUGCGCUUGUACCAGCUCUACAGCAGGACCAGCGGGAAGCACAUCCAGGUCCUGGGCCGCAGGAUCAGCGCCCGCGGCGAGGACGGGGACAAGUAUGCCCAGCUCCUAGUGGAGACAGACACCUUCGGUAGUCAAGUGCGGAUCAAGGGCAAGGAGACGGAAUUCUACCUGUGCAUGAACCGCAAAGGCAAGCUCGUGGGGAAGCCCGAUGGCACCAGCAAGGAGUGCGUGUUCAUUGAGAAGGUUCUGGAGAACAACUACACAGCUCUGAUGUCGGCCAAGUACUCUGGCUGGUACGUGGGCUUCACCAAGAAGGGGCGGCCUCGCAAGGGCCCGAAGACCAGGGAGAACCAGCAGGAUGUGCACUUCAUGAAGCGCUACCCCAAGGGGCAGGCAGAGCUGCAGAAGCCCUUCAAGUACACAACGGUGACCAAGCGGUCCCGGCGGAUCCGCCCCACGCACCCCGGCUAGGCCCGGGCCCCAGGCCACCGGCCCGCUCACACUCCCAGAGAAUGGCCUCAGAGGAAUAUUUUUACAUGAAAAAUAAGGAAGAAGCUCUAUUUUUGUACAUUUGUGUUUAAAAGAAGACAAGAAACUGAACCAAAACUCUUGGGGGGAGGGGCGACGGGAUUUUACUGUUGACUUGAAACCCCGGGACAAGACUCAGGCAGAGGCUGCUGCCAGCCCACCGGUGCCUGCCCCUCUCUCUCCAGGAGUGGCAGCUCUGACUUGUCCCCAGAGGACUCAACGAGGGAGCCGACACUCCGAGAAACCAAAGUUCUUUUUCCCAAAGGUUCUGAAAGCAAAGAAAGAAGGAAAAAAAGAAAACAGAGAAAGUAGUUCCCCUUCCUGCGACAACCCAUGUCCCCAACCCCAGCCCUGCCCCGAACUCCAACAAGAAUCGCUCUCUGGUUUGCAGUCAUUUAUUUAUUGUCUGCUGCAAGCUGUCCCGAGACCCGCGCAGGGAAGGCGUGCCGGGGCGCCCGCGCGGACUCCCCACGACAGGCGGCCUCGUCCAGCCAUGGCCCCCUGGGUUGCUGGCGGUCCUGGAGGAUGCUGCUAUGGGCCUUGCUGACCACGUGACUAGUGCACCAAUGAUAAGGGGUUACUUUAAGACCAGCUAUAUUAUAUAUAUUAUAUAUAUAAGCUAUUUAUUUCACCUCUCUGUAUAUUGCAGUUUCAUGAACAAGUAUUACUGCCUCAACAAUUAAA